AACAGUCGUGGUAAACACUAAACAGUCGAAUACUCGAAUGUCGUUCAAAAGUGUGCACGUAAUCUGUUUAUUAAUUUUAAAAUACUCGAAAGCCAGCUGCACAUAAUUAUUGAAUAUUAAUCGUUGAUAGGUUAAUAUCAAAUGCACACGAAUGUUUUCUAACAUUUUGUUCUUGUCCUAAUUUUGUGUCACAAACACUUAUUGAUAAAUAAUGGCCAAAGUAAUUUUAGUUACUGGUGGAUCGGGACUAGUGGGCAGUGCCAUCAGAACAAUUGUUGAAACACAAAACGAUGCGUUACCUGAUGAAAAAUGGAUAUUCACUAAUUCCAAAGAGGCAGAUCUCAAUGAUAUACAAGCGACAAGAGAUUUAUUUGAAAAAUACAAACCUACCCAUGUCAUACACUUGGCGGCUAUGGUUGGUGGUCUAUUUCAUAAUAUGGACAACAAUUUGGACUUUUUGCGCAAAAAUAUACACAUAAAUGACAAUGUACUAGAAACUAGUUUUCAGUACAAUGUAAAAAAAGUAGUAUCAUGUCUAUCUACGUGUAUAUUUCCUGACAAGACAUCAUAUCCAAUAAAUGAAACUAUGAUUCAUAAUGGACCUCCUCAUCCGUCCAAUUUUGGUUACAGCUAUGCCAAGCGACUAUUAGAUAUCGCAAAUAAAGCAUACCACCAAAAACAUGGAGUAAUAUUUACCUCUGUUGUGCCAUGUAAUGUGUUUGGACCGCAUGACAAUUUUGACUUGAAAAAUGCCCAUGUCGUACCAGCUCUCAUUCAUCGACUCCACAUAGCUCUAGAUAAAGGAGCUGAUAAAUUUGUGGUACUGGGAUCUGGAAAACCUCUGCGACAAUUUAUUUAUUCACUGGAUCUUGCUAGGCUGUUUGUUUGGGUGUUAAGGAAUUAUAAUGAUGUUGAACCUAUCAUCUUAUCAGUGGAUGAGAAAGAUGAAAUAACAAUUCGUCAAUUAGCUGAAACGAUUACAAAAUCAUUUAAUUUUCAAGGAAUUCUAGAGUUUGACACUAGUGCUGCAGAUGGCCAGAUCAAAAAAACUGCUAGUAAUGAUAAACUUAGAAAAUUGUUACCAAACUUUAAAUUUACCAAUUUAGAAACAGCUAUUGCUGACACUGUUGAAUGGUUCAAAAAAAAUAAUAAACAAGCAAGGCUGGUCGCUCCAUAAAGAAUAUGAUCUUUUAGAAACAUGUUUUCAUUUAUAUGGGGAAUUUGAAUUUAUCUUAAAUUUAUUUUUGUUAUAAGUACUGUUAUUUAUAUUAUGUAGUAAACAAUAAUCUUAAUUAAGUAAAUUGCUAUAUUUCUAACUAAAACUGUACAACAUAAGUAUAAUUGAGAACUGUUUUUCAUUAGUUUUAAUAAACUAAAAUAUAAUUUCACUUAAAAACCCAAUAGUAUAAAACAAUUGGUAUACUUAAUAUGGGUGCAACAGAAAUGUAGUAAAUAUUAGGUAUAAUAAAAAAGAUGGUAUUAUUUAUUUUUGAAUGAAAUUUACUAAAAUAUAAAAAUGUACAAAUGUUGUAAGCUAUCAACCCCCAUUAAUUGAUCAUUAUCUCUAAAUAUAAAAAUUAAUAUUUUUCUAAAAUAAACUAUAGUUUAUCGCUAUUACUUGUCAUUUUUAAAAUUAUUAUUACAUUCAUAUCUGUUCACAUCUGUUUAAAAGUCUUAUAAAAAAUGUAUGUUACAUACAUUUUGUGUUUAUAUAUUAAACUAUAAAUAAUAUCUUUUAAAAAUGUUGUCUUAAUUUAUGGACGUCCAUUAGUGAUGGAGGAUGGCAAGAUGUGACAAUUGACUCUCCAACUAAAAAGUUAAAUGAAUUUAUAAUUUAAUAUAUUUUUAGCAUGAAAGCAUGAACUUGUACAAGAAUAGUUUCAUUCAGGAUGUAAAUAUUAAUUUUCAAAUAAAAAAAAUAAAUUCUUAAAAGCAGUUCUUAUUUACUGUUACAAAAUAAUAAAUUUGAUUACAUUGUUUGAUUUGCUAUUUAUUUGUUUUUUAACUAUACUUAUUAAACAUUUCAAUGCAUUUUGUUAUAUAUUAUAAAACAAUACAAUUAAUAUUAAUUACUAAACAUUAGCAUAAAUACAUAAUAGUAUAUUAUUUACAUUUUUAUGUUGAUGUAACAUUAAACUUUUAUUUAGUUUACA